CGUGUGCCGCAGAGCGGACGGUAGUAGCCCUGGUCUUCUGCACCAUGACGCUCGGGACUUCUUCCUUGGUUAUGGCCGUUCGUCUUCUCGCUAUCUCAUCUUCCUGGGGCAGGCUGGACAGUUAAGUGUGCCAAUGUCCCACCUCCUGCAGGUCGCGGCCGCUGUGAAGUGGUCGAAGUCGACGGCUGCUCGCAGAGCCAUCUUCCUGGCCUUGGCCACUUAUGGUGUCAGGAGGCUGUAUCCUAUCCUCCAGCAUCACUUCCAUGGCAAGCCUCGGCCUGGGGCAUCGUCACCCUGUCAUACACCCGGCCAGUGCUUUGCCAAGAAGUCUCCGGCUGUUGAUGCUGAUUUUUGUCAGCAGCUCCUCGGACUCAGCAAAAUCCUCUUCCCCAAACUGCUCACCAAGGAACUGGGUUUGCUCUGCCUGCAUUCGGUGGCUUUGAUUUCCAGGACGUUCCUCUCCAUUUACGUGGCCGCAUUGGAUGGGAAGAUCGUGAAGACAAUUGUUGAAAAGAAACCCAAAAGCUUUGUGCUGAAACUGGUCAAAUGGCUCCUAGUGGCCAUCCCGGCCACUUUUGUCAACAGCGUGAUUCGUUAUCUGGAAUGUAAAUUGGCUCUGGCAUUUCGCACUCGCCUGGUUGAUCACGCAUAUCGCACGUACUUCACCGACCAGACAUACUACAAGGUUAGCAACAUGGACGGGAGGCUGGAAAAUCCCGAUCAGUCACUGACAGAAGAUAUCCUGAUGUUUACUCAGUCCAUUGCACAUUUGUACUCAAAUUUAACGAAGCCCAUCUUUGAUGUCAUGUUGACCUCGUACACCUUGAUCCAGACUGCAAGUUCGCGGGGAGCAAACCCUAUGGGACCCACUAUUUUAGCUGGCUUUGUCGUCUAUGCCACAGCAAGGGUACUACGAGCCUUCUCUCCAAGAUUUGGCAAACUGGUGGCCGAAGAAGCCCAAAGGAAAGGAUACUUAAGAUAUAUCCAUUCACGUAUUAUAGCCAAUGCAGAGGAAAUUGCUUUUUACAGGGGACAUAGGGUGGAAAUGAAUCAGCUACAGAAAAGUUACAAGUCGCUUGCUGCCCAGAUGAAUCUUAUUUUGUCUAAAAGAUUAUGGUACAUAAUGUUGGAACAAUUUCUAAUGAAGUAUGUGUGGAGUGGAAGUGGAUUAGUGAUGGUGGCGGUGCCCAUUAUUACAGCAACAGGUUUUGCAGACAAUGAGUCAGAAGAUGGUCACAAGCAAGUAAGUUUGGUUAGUGAACGAACAGAAGCUUUUACCACUGCACGCAAUCUGUUGGCUUCUGGAGCAGACGCUAUUGAAAGAAUUAUGUCAUCGUACAAAGAGAUCACUGAAUUGGCUGGCUAUACUGCUCGAGUGCACAACAUGUUUUCGGUUUUUGAUGAAGUUCAGAGGGGAAUAUAUAAGAAGUCUACCAUCAAUCAAGAAUUUGAAAUGGAUUCCAGUAAAGUAACAAAACAUGGCUUAAAUAUUGCAAGUUCUUUGGAACAGAAAGGUCAAGUUAUAGAUGUUGAUGUAGGAAUUAUAUGUGAAAAUGUUCCUAUUAUUACUCCAAAUGGAGAUGUUGUUGUUUCCAGACUAAACUUUAAGGUUGAUGAAGGUAUGCAUCUCCUUAUCACUGGGCCUAAUGGAUGUGGAAAAAGUUCUUUAUUCAGGAUAUUAAGUGGUCUAUGGCCGGUGUAUGGAGGGGUAUUGUAUAAACCUCCUCCGCAACAUAUGUUUUACAUUCCCCAGAGGCCUUACAUGUCUGUUGGAACCCUAAGAGAUCAGGUUAUCUAUCCGGAUUCUGUGGAAGACAUGCAUGAGAAAGGAUAUACAGAUCUUGAUCUGGAGCAUAUUCUCGAUAUUGUUCACUUGAAUCACAUAGUACAGAGAGAGAGAGGAUGGGAUGCCUUUACUGACUGGAAGGAUGUCUUGUCUGGUGGUGAGAAACAAAGAAUGGGGAUGGCACGUAUGUUUUAUCACAAACCAAAAUAUGCAUUGUUAGAUGAAUGCACAAGUGCUGUGAGCAUUGAUGUCGAAGGAAAGAUAUUUCAGACUGCAAAAAAUUCUGGGAUCUCAUUGCUGUCAAUUACGCAUAGGCCAUCUCUCUGGAAAUACCACACACACCUGUUACAGUUUGAUGGGGAGGGUGGCUGGCGAUUUGAACAACUGGAUACUGCCACCCGACUCUCAUUAGCUGAAGAAAAGCAAAGACUUGAGUCUCAACUGGCUGGAGUCCCUCAGAUGCAACAGAGAUUGAAUGAACUGUGCAAGAUUUUGGGAGAAGACUCUGUGCUCAGAACUACGGGAUCAGAAGAAUGAUAACAGACAAUGGAUGGUGAAUAAUAAGAACUGCAAAAGAAAAACAUCAUGCAAACAAAAUUAAAAUGAGAUUUUCCAAUAAAUUUAGAAUCAUUAAUUCCUUUCAGUAAAACAAGUUUUAACUUUUGGAUGUACAGCCUCAUCACUCGAUUAGAAUACUGGUAGGUAAACCUUUGGAAAGUUUACAUUAUUGAAAUAACAACUUUUCAUGAAUUUGACUGCACACAUUUGAAAAAAAAUCUUGAGGAAGCUAGAAUUUACAUAUUCUGGAUAAUUGGUUCACAUUCUGUAAAUACAGUUCUAUGCUCCAAGAUCUAACGAGCUGCCUUUUCUGUUCACUUGGUAUCAGCUAUCAUGUGGUACAAGUGACCAGGAUAGAUUUUAAUUGCUUUUACCACACCAUUAUCUUUUUUAACCACUCUGCCCAAGAAGUUUAUUUACAAUAAGCACAAACAGUAUUUUGUCCUGCUUGUCAGGAUCCAUUGUUCUGAGGAAAGAAAUGAGUUUGUAUAUCAAAAUGAUUUUAUUAUAGUGCAGUAUGAUUGAAUCUCUCGUAUAAGAUUUAGCAUGCCAGCCAUGCUUUUUAAACUAUUAUGUCCCUAUUUGUUGCUGCUCAAGCAGUAUAUUCAGCACGGCUUCUGCAUUUUUGUUAGGUAUGAAUUUGUUUACCCACAUUCCAUAGUACAAAGCAUCUAAAAUUGUGCUCUUUUUUUAAGGUAAGAUGGUUUUCUAUUUAAUUACUGAGGCCCUCUGUUGGUUGAGAUCAGCCAUAGAUAUUGGGUCCUAGCUGUCUACAUGUUAGGCAAGUCAGUGCAGUAAGAUAUGAAGCCCAGGCUUGUGCCCUGGUGAGGACGCAAUCCACCAGAAGCGCAAACCCACACGAUCCCCUGGGAUCGAUGACUGCCUAUUAAGACAUGAAAAGCAAGCUGUCUCACCCUCUUCAUGGAGCUGAUGAAUCCAAAGGAAUGGCAGAGACCAUUACAGUUUGGCACCAGCAGCAUUGCCUGAGUUGCCAAUCAGCAUUGAACUUGAAGUAGAACUGCCUUAAGGACUCCAGCUCUGGAUUUUUCCUCGGGAGUUUACUCACGAAGCCUUCCCUAUGAGUAGGUAUAGAAAGCCACAAGGCAGUGGAGGUUUGAGAUCAGAGCUUUCCUUCUUGACGAGCUGCCAACUGUGCUUGAUGGGUGCCAUCUGCCUAAAGCAACUGGCUUUAAGAUGUCAGUAACCUGUUUUGCCCCUUUAAUUAUUAUAGUGUGCAUUAACACAAUGUGCACAUUUUGCUUCAACUAAAGAGUUAUUGGUUCCAUUAAUUACAUUUAUUUUUCCAAUGGCUUCAAAGAAAAACCCAGGCAAGCUUUGAAAGCAAAAUAACAGCAGAUGCAUGAAAUCUUAAAAACAAAGUGCAGGAAAUGCUCUGCAGGAUGGGCAGCAUCUGUAGUGAGAGAAAGAAUUAAUGCUUAAGAUUUAUGAUUUUCAUCAUAGCAGGUAGAACGUCAUUGUCUGAAACAUUAGCUGUUGGCUCGCCACAGUGUUUUCAAUCUUUAUUUCUGGGUUUACUUUAUUCUUCUCAAACGUGUUUAUGCAGUUAUCAGAACUGAUUCAUGCAGAGGCUUGUCUCCAGGAAAAUGUUUGCUCAAUGUACUUGGUGUUCUUUACAUCUGUACUACUGAGAUGCCUAGUUUUAUAUACAUUACUAUUUUAAAUUAUAAAGCAUCAGAUUUUUAAAUUUGUUCCUUUCCAGCCAGGAAGGUUAAGUCUGUGGAUUUUGUAACUGUUGUUUGGCCAUCUGGGGGUGUACUUCUUUGAUGCAGAGCUGGUCCUGUAUUCGGCACACUUCACUCUCUACAUGAAAUAAACAUAGAAUCUAUGGAAACUUUGCAAUGGGGAAUAUUAGAAUUCAAACCACAACUGAAGCAUGUAUUUGAACUUGAAAACUAAAUGGCUGUCAGUACUCUUGAGUGUGCUCCCCAUUAGCUUUUAGAUUCAACUAAGUUGUUGAGUUUGAAGUCAGCUUUUUUAAUCUAUCGUCUUAAAAUGCAAGGGUCUAUUAUCAUUCCUUGCUGUUCUGUGUAAAUUUAAAAAUGUACUGUUUGUAUUCUUGAAACUUGUCUUUCAUGAAAAGUUGGUGAUCUGCAUGUACUUGCAUGCCAUUAAAUAUUGUUUGUUUAAUUAUCACACUCUUCUAACCAGUCCAUACUACUGAACCUCAUACCCUCAGUUUUGUGUUCUAAACUGUGUUUUGCAUGAUGUAUGUAAACUUUAAGCAAUAUCAUGCAUUUCUGUGAAAAUGCAAUGUAUAGUAGCUCCAACUUUAUUCAUAUGGCUGGACCAGGAUGUGAUGGAAAAAUAGCAUGUGCAUGGGAAUGAACACAGCAAUUUCAUUUUGUGUUUUAAAAGAUUUGUAACUAAAAUGAAUAACAUUUUAUAUUGAAACUUUGAAAUAUUAACAAUAAAUUGCAUGAUUUGCAGGUCAUUAUUUUGUUAAGUUGGUAAUUCUGGUACAGUGACCAGCAAAGUGGAAAAUUUGCUUAAAUACCCCAAAUACACAUUUUUCCAUUGCUAUCAAAAAGACCAGAAAUGUUACCACAUUUGAUCAAGGCAAAUCUGUUGGCAGGUGUGGUCAAUCUUAAAUGAAAAUAAAUGAUGUGAUAUACAUUUGUAAUCAAAUGUGUUCUCUGUAUUUUGCUUCUGCCAUCCUAUAUUUACCAAUAUUUCUUAAGUGUUGGAACUGAGAGGAGAAAUGGAUAACCACACAUGAAUACAGUAUCAAAGUGCAUAUUUAUUGUCACAUCUGUUACCAACCAAAGUAAUACAUAUGCAAGGCCAAAUUAUGUUACAUUUAAAGUACUGUUUGUAUUAACUAAUCUGAAGAGAUCUUGGCUUGACAUAGAACGUAAUUUGAGCAGUCCAAACACUGCAAGGAGUAAGUUGCAUUUUCUGAAAUGAAUUUAAAAAUUACCUCAAUGAAUGUGAAAUUCUGUUUUGCAUUUAAAUGACUAUUUAAUCUGUAUGUAAAUGCACCGUGUGUAUUGUAAUUUGGAAAAUACUUAUAUUGUUAAACACAUUAAAAGUUUCUGAAUCAUCAGGAACUUUCAUUUCUGUAUUUAUUACUUUAAAAAGGCAUAUUAAGUUCUAUGAAGUGAAAAGGCAACAAAGACUUGAAUUUAUGCACUGCUAUUUCUGAUUCAAGAUAUCCAUAGUUGGUGACGUACUUUUGAAAUAACCCUCAUAAUACUUAUUGAAACGUGGCUUAUUUGUGUGAAAUGUCUUAAACAUGAUGACAAAGGGCUUUGAAAUGUAAAUAAUAAACUGGUCACCAGAUGAACAUGAAAUUUGAUGAAUGCAAUUCCUAAUGCAGAUAUUCAUGAGGACUAAUAUCAAAGAUGGCAGUUUUACAGGCAGCACACUCAGUUAAGGAUCAGAAGCCCAAUAACUGAGAUUGAUUAUUGUUCUCUGUGCCUUGUGCAGUACUAAUGUGCACACAGACGCCUGGUAGAUCAGAAACAGGAAAAUAUCAUUUUUUUAAAAAUAGUGUACAACAAAAAUGGCUUCACCAAAGGCCCUUGAAACAUUCAAGCAUUG